AGACACAAUGCGAGGAAAUCCCCAAGGCCGAGAAAACGACGAGAGGCCCCUUUAAAUCGACGCUUCCUCGGCGUUAGUGCCAAGAGAGAGAGAGAGAGAGAGAGAGAGCUCUGAUAAACAACAACACUGUUCUCAGUUCAGCCGCUUUUACCGGAUUCAGCUCUUUACUGCGGCCUCGUCCAGGAAGAGGUGAGCUGAUAUUGAUGAUAUCGAACAGUAUUUGUAAAGGAUUAUAGCGAAGGGGCGAUCGGUUCAUGUUGGUUGGAGAAGCGGGCGGAAAGGCAGUUUAUAAUAGCUACGAGGACUUUCUCUCUGUUCCCAACAACGUUCGGCCGUCUGUUGUUCAUACAUUCGUUGUUGAAUGCCAUUGCGGAAGUGAGAAGCCUUUCGACUCGACACAAAGCUUGGGGCUGCGGGACAUCUAGCGGCCGAUCAGGAGAAGGCAGCCUCGUAGAGAUGUACGGAGCUUCAGGCAUCCCAGAGCUCAUCCCGCCCAGCGGGCCGCCGAGGCAGCCCGGCCCGGCGGGCCAAUACAACCCGGGACACCCCCAGGUCAACGGGCACGGCGGCGAGGCCAACCCUCAGAGACUGGGGCAGAGGGCACCAAAGCUGGGCCAGAUCGGUCGCACCAAGAAAGUGGACUUGGAGGAUGAAGACUUGGAUGACAUCAUGAACAACAACGGGCAGUGUCCUGUAUCCCUGUCGCCCAUCUCCUAAACUUCACCAAGAAGUGCCAAA